CAAAAGCAGAAGAAGACGACAGUUGCGGGAAAACUAAAGGCGAUGGUUCCUGUGUUGAUAACUCCAAACUCUAAGGAAACAAGCUUUUAAAAAUCACCAUGACAACUCCAACGACCACAGAUGUCAGAAAGGGCAUUUCAGUCCUUUGGGAGACGCUGCAGUGUCCCAUAUGCUUGGAUUUAAUGACCGCACCUGUUUCUACUAAGUGUGACCAUCAGUUUUGCAAAUUUUGUAUGAUGAAACUUUUGGACAGCACCAAACAAAACAGGGCUGACUGUCCAGUGUGUAAAACCAAAAUAACCAAAAGGAGCUUGCAGGAGAGUCCUGGGUUUCAGCGACUUGUAGCAGGAUUGCAGGAUAUGAUCCAGGCAUAUGAACAAGACACUGGCAUCAACUACUUCACUGGAAUGUCCGAGCAGAAAGGACAACUGGGGGUCACAGAUGCUGAAGCUACUAAACAUUGUCCCGAUAAGUCAUUCGGAGAUACACCUGACAAUGUGGAAAAUGACGACAAUGAUGAUCCUUCAAGGUCUCACUCCUCGACUCUAGCAGCCCAGAAUGGAUUUGCAAGACUGAUGGGACUUGAAGACACAAGUCCAAUGACGACAGAAAAUGACGGCCUGGACAGUGGGCUUGGUGAGGCCCCACCAACUUCUGACAAGAAAAUGCACAGUCCUACAGAUAAUAUGGAACCAGUGGAAACAGAAAUGUCAGAAGUUGUGGAAACGUCAACACACAAAACUAGAGGCAAAAAGAGAUUCCUCAAAUUGGAGAAAGCCUCCCAUCCUACAUCAUUAAUUCCAGACGAGUCCGAAAACAAACCUUUAAGAAAGUCCUCAAGAAAGAAACAGAAAAAGGAUUUGGUGCCUGAUAAGAUUCUAGAGGAAAAACAGAAGAAGAGUCGAGAGAAAGUCGCUGAGUGGCUCAUGAAAGUUCCAACUGAAGGAAGUCUCGAGUUAGAGAAACUCAACGAAGACACCGACGAUUCUGACAGCUGUUCCUCCGCUUCAACAAUAGAUAUAAAAAAACACAACAGUGAUAUGAAUCUUAAGAGAGGGGAACGUGCUAAAGCCCUUGAAGAACAGGUGUUUGGUGCCGUCUACAAACGAGAGAGAAGAGGGAACAGGACCAUCUCUCCUCCACUAAAUGUUUUUAUCGAAACACCAACAACCAAAGAAAGACAAAAUGUUUCCAAAACAAAGAAGAAGAACACUGUCACUCCUGCUGAUUUUGUCAAGAAAACAAGCUCUGAAGAUGAAAGUAAAAGCCAUAUGGAGGAAGAGCAACAAAGGAUGGAAGAAGUAAAUAACACCAGCAGUGACAUUGUCACAAAAGCAAAACAGAUGGAGGUUAUGGAGGAAAAUGAUAAAGACAACAUGCCAGAAAGUGACAAAAUUGAUGACAACGAAGAGGCUCCCUGUCCUGCGUCUGAUAUUGAAAAACAGCUACCAGACAGAAAGUCAGAUAGAAGGACACGUAAUGCUAUGCAGCAGGUCGACAGUGAUUUUCAAGAGCAAGCUGAGGCAAAGUCUGAAAGCGCUGAGCAAAACAAAACUGAGAAGAGGAAAAAUAAAAACCUGAGGUCAGUAAAAGGCAAGCCUGCUAGAGUGCCAAAACCCCUUGUUCUGGUUGGAGUUAAAAAUGGAGAAACCAGUCCUAAGGCUAGACCAAGGUCAGAAGAAGUUCAAGUUCAUAUUGAGAAUUACCCGAGCAGCGAAGACCGAGAAAUCCCUAUCAUGAGAAACACCAGGAGAAGUAGAAGACUUCAACUCUUCGCUGAGGAAGUCCAAGAGGGUCACAAGAAAGUAAACGUGAAAGCCAAUUUAGCUGAAAAAGACAGCAAUGUUGCAUGGCAAUCUGAGGAAGUUAAUGGUGGAACAUUGGACAAUAAGGCAUCAACUCAGAAUGGAAACAUGACACGGGUGGCUGAAAGAAACGGAUGUAUUUUUGAUCAAGAGUUAGGAGAAAUAGAAAAGGUGGAGUCGGGUGAGAGAAAAUCUUAUUUGAGCCCAACAGAAGAUGUUAAAGAGUCCAUCGCUGAAGUGCCAAAUGCUGAAACGAUGUGUGAAUUUAAUGCUGCACGUCAUGUCUCUGUGGUCCCAAGCUCCACGAGUCCAGCUACAGCUGUGGUCGAGCCGACGCUAGAAAGUGACGACCAAAACAAUACGCCAUCGGAAACCGUCGCUCGCCACACACAAUGUGCUGGAACUGAAGAUGAGGAGGAUAAGAAUGAUAGCGAACUGGACACAGAGCAACUGCUCAAGAGCUUCAAAGCCACUAAAAGAAAAUCCUUCCUUCUUGGCGGUCCAAAUGUGAAAAGAAGCCGUGGUUUAGACCGAGAAAACCUGCAGGGUGCCGAAGCAGAGGAAAACCAUCGAGUUUGUUCUGGUGUUGAAUCUACAAAAAAUCCAUUAUACACAAAGGUGCCUGAAAUCACCAACCAAGAGGCAUUAAGAGACAAUGAAAACUCAUCUUGGAGUGAUUUUAUCUCCCCUUCUAACUCACCCGCCCAAACAAGAAAGCCAGUUACUGAGAAACCAGAUCAAGUGGCGAUAGAAGACUCAAUCCCUGAUGGCAGUUGUUCAGGUCAAGACAGCGCUGGUGCUAACUGUGUCUCUAGGAAUAGUGUCAGUAGUGCCCUCACUCCUAAUAAAGUGUCAAAGCGUGUUAUUGAAAGUCCUCAUCUUUCUGUUGUGCCUCAAGUGUUAGAUUCUGGCCUCUGCUUCACAGCCGUUGAACACGAGGAGCUGAAUGAACCCUCAAAGUAUUCUCAAAUGACAGAGACUCAGCUGGACAACAAAAUAAGAGACAACAUGUUGGUGCCCAAUUCAGCUGCUAGUGGACCACAUUCAGUCAACAGCGCGAAACAUUUUUUCAACGCAGAUUCGUCUUUAACCCCCGAUGGCCUUGGAAUACCAAUUGUGCAAAUUGUCCCAGAGGCAAAGUCGUACAGCAAUGGCAGCGGAGAGAUGAGCUCCCAUUCGUCCAUCAAGACCGUGCUGAGGAAGAGGACAAGGGCAAGGAGGCUAGAGUCUUCAUAUGAGUCAGACUGCAGUGAAGAGGGAUUACCAACUUUGACAGAGAUUUUCGGGACAUCCACUCAUCCUCCUGCUGUGACGAAGGAUCAGGGAGACUCCAGUGAAGCUAAUAGAUGUGAGGGGGCCACAGCUGGUGGAGCACAGCAGUUGAGCCGUCCACCUGCGUGCCCGAGCCCCGACUGUGUUGAUUCCAGCCAAGGGUCUGUAGACUUGUUUGGCACGCCGGAUGAAUGUAAUGUCCCAGUGAAUGACAUCAGCGUUUCCACACAAAUCGAAUCAUCACAAUUUUCAAGCGAAGUCCUUGUUACACAGCAAAAGAUAGAAAUGCAGAAGGAGCUGGUGAGGUUGGAGAAGUUGAUGGCUCUGGUGUCCGAGGUGCUUCAGGAGAAAGAAGACAGUCCUGCUAAAGAAGUCCCCUCAGAAACAAAUCAGAGCAGACAAACCACAGACGCAGACGCUCAAAGACUCCCGUGUGACCAGGACACAGGUCAAAGGUCAGACCAAGAAACUGCUGAAGAAGUAGAGCGAGAGCCCGGCACAAGACCGUCAAAGCAUGACAGCGUAGCAGAGAUGGCAGUGCAGAGCUCCACACACACAGUAAAAGGCACCGAAGCCUCAAGUUCAGCUUCCAAAAUAUUAAAAAACAGCGCUUCACCAUCAGAUGGGCAGGAAGACAAAGAAAAUAACACUCCUCCAAGAGAUAGGAGUAAAGCUAAAAUGGUGCUAGUGACGUCUGGAUUAGACCCCAAUGAACAGAUAAUGGUCAAAAGGUUUGCCAAGCAAGUUGGGGCCCGUGUGGUUUCUAAGGUAACCCCAGAGAUGACCCAUAUCAUAAUGCACACAGAUGAACAACUGGUAUGUGAGCGCACACUGAAGUACUUCCUUGGCAUCGCAAGCAGGAAGUGGGUGGUGAGCUUCCAGUGGAUUUCAGAGUGCUUCAGACAAAAGAAACUCCUAGAUGAGAGUGUCUUUGAAGUGAGAGGUGACGUGGUGAAUGGACCUAACCACCAGGGCCCCAUGAGAGCUCGCACCAGUGAAGACAAUAACUUGCUCAUGAAGGGCUACAAGAUCUGCUUCCAGGGGCCUUUUACAGACAUGACAACAGAUGAAAUGGAGUGGAUGGUGGAGCUCUGUGGAGCAGCUGUAGUCAGAGAUCCACUUCUCCUCGACAGUAAACAGAUCUCCCAUCAGCUUGUCAUUGUACAGUCUGGAUCAGAGUCGUCCUCCACAUACAGCAGUCUCUCUAAACAAGCUACAGUCGUGACACGUGGUUGGCUGUUGGAUACCGUGGCAACCUACACCCUCCAAAACUACAACACGUACACUACAUGAGCUGAGGAUCCAUGUGCACCUACAGCCAUUUUACAACUUCUGUUUUUUAAUGUCCAAUACUGCAUCUAAACUGUCGUCUGUUUUCUUUACAAAGAUAUAUAUGUAUUGUGUUUGCCUGACAUGAUUGUAUAUAAAGUUUA